AUGUCCAAAUGGCCCACACUGCGCUGUCCCGUGUCAGUGCUGCAGGAGUGUCAGGUUGCACGGAAAGGCUCCAAGCGCUUCCUCCAAGUUUCUCUUCCUGCCUGUUCGAGGACGGGUGACCCACAGUUUGUGGACGGGUAUUGGCACUGGGCUGGAGUUUCUAGGGGCCCAGACAAGUUCGUUAACUCAUCUGUGGAUGUCCGUGUCUCCAUCAGCAAAGUGGACGUGGCUCAUGGGAUUUGGGAUGAACGUGUUCCUGGUGGCGUCCAGGCCCUGCUGGCGUCUGGCCACAGCAGCUUUGCUCUGUGGCGGCCAUGUGACCGGCCCUCAGGUGCACUCCAAGGCAUCUCCCUCAGCUGCACCUCUCCCCCGAUACCCACCCUCCUCAUCCUGGUGACAGCAGCCCCAGCCUUCCGACUGCAGGGUUCCUCCCCUUCUUCCCCUUCCACAGGGUACGGCAGCUGGAGGGAACUGGCCAAGGCUCUGGCCAGCAGGAACAUUCCGGCUGUGGAUCCAAAUCUCCAGUUCUUCCUUCCCCAGAAGCUGGGCCUCAAGGACCAAGAGUCUGCGCGAGGCGGGAGCGGUGGCAGCAGCUACCUGACGUGGAAUAAGCCGGUCCCCUGGCUCUCCGAGUUCCGGGGCCGCGUCAACCUGCAUGUGUUUGAAGACUGGUGCGGCAGCUCCAUCCAGCAGCUGCGGAGGAACCUGCACUUCCCGCUGUACCCCCACAUCCGCACAACCCUGAGGAAGCUGGCCGUGUCCCCCAAGUGGACCAAUUAUGGCCUCCGCAUCUUUGGCUACCUGCACCCCUUCACCGACGGGGAGAUCCAGUUUGCCAUCGCCGCCGACGACAACGCCGAGUUCUGGCUGAGCCGUGACGACCAGGUCUCAGGCCUGCAGCUGCUGGCCAGUGUGGGCAAGACUGGAAAAGAGUGGACUGCCCCUGGAGAGUUCGGGAAAUUUCGGAGCCAAAUUUCCAAGCCAGUGAGACUGUCGGCCGCCCGCAGGUACUACUUCGAGGUGCUGCACAAGCAGAAUGGCGAGGGCACUGACCAUGUGGAAGUCGCGUGGCGGCGGAAUUACCCCGGAGCCAAGUUCUCCAUUAUCGACUCCACAUCCCUGUCCCUCUUCACAAACGAGACAGUCCUAAGGAUGGACGAGGUGGGCCACAUCCCGCAGACAGCCGCCAGCCAUGCAGGCUCCCCAGCCGCUGUGCCCGGCGAGGAGCAGCCCGCCGUCGACAUGCUGCGGCCUGACCCUCGGGACACCCUGUACCGAGAGACUCUUAUCCCCAAGUCUCACGUCCGCCACGUCCUGCCGGACUGUCCCUACAAACCUAGCUACCUGGUGGAUGGGCUCCCUCUGCAGCGCUACCAGGGACUCCGGUUUGUUCACUUGUCCUUUGUCUACCCCAACGACUACACCCGUCUGAGCCACAUGGAGACCCAGAACAAGUGCUUCUACCAGGAGAACACCUACUACCCAGACAGGUUCGGCUUCCAGGACUACAUCAAGAUUGACCAGCCGGAGAAGCAGGGGCCGGAGCAGCCAGCAGCUUUCGAGGAAGGGCUCCUGGAAGAGUCCCAGUAUGGAGAAGCGGCAGAGGACACCCCUGCCCCCGAGGACCAGGACAGGACACCAGAGGGGAAACAGGGGCCACCCACCGCCCCUGGGCCGGCCACCACCAACCGCAGCCUCCGAAGCCUGCGGAGAGUGCUGGCUCAGCCUCGGGACGCUCCGCCAGCCUCCUCUUCCAGGCGGAACUCCACAGCCCGCUUCCCGGCGAGGACCAGCGACAGGCCAGCCCAGCCGGCGGAGAAGAGAGCGAGGAAACCCAGCCCCCAGCCCCGCCAGGAUCCCCGUCGUCCUGACAAGGGGCCCCCUCCUCAAGUGAAGAGGCCCAGGCCCACCGGGGACAGCCCCAGGAGGACGCUGGCACAGUCCCAGUGGCUGAAUCAGGUCGAGUCGUACAUCGCAGAGCAGAGAAGGGGAGACAGGAUGGAGCCUCCGGGCCCCGGGAGGGGUCGGCCAGGGAUGGAGGAGGAGGUAGCCGCUGCAGGCCAGGAAGGACAGGUGGAGGGAGAGGACGAGGGUGGGGAGGAGGAGGAGGGGGAGGAGGAGGAGGUGAGUGAGGUGUUGGAGUACCUGUCCAUGUUUGACCCGGUGGUGAACUGGGACCAGACCUUCAGUGCCCGCAACCUCGACUUCCAAGCCCUGCGGACAGACUGGAUCGACCUGAACUGUAACACGUCUGGCAACCUGCUGCUUCCAGAGCAGGAGGCUCUCGAGGUCGUGCGGGUCUUCCUGAAGAAGCUCAACCAGAGGAGCCGGGGGAGGUACCAGCUGCAGCGCAUCGUGAACGUGGAGAAGCGCCAGGACCACCUGCGUGGGGGCCGCUACCUCCUGGAGCUGGAGCUGCUGGAGCGGGGCCAGCGCCGGGUGCGGCUCUCUGAGUUCGUGUCCACGCGAGGCUGGCAGGGCGUGGAGGCGGCCGGCGGGGAGGAGGCCGAGGCCCAGAACCCGCAGGGCCUCGCUGGGAGCCCGCAGAGCAGCCGGAGGCGCGUCCUGAGCGUCCGCGCCCCGGAGCCCAAGCUGUGCUGGCCCCAGGGCUUCUCCUGGAAUCACCGAGCCGUGGUCCACUUCGUUGUGCCCGUGAAGAACCAGGCACGCUGGGUGCAGCAAUUCAUCAGAGACAUGGAGACGCUGUUCCGGGUCACGGGCGACCCCCACUUCAGCGUCAUCAUCACUGACUUCAGCAGUGAGGACAUGGAUGUCGAGAUGGCCCUGAAAAGGUCCAAGCUGAGGAGCUACCAGUACAUGAAGCUAAGUGGGAACUUCGAGCGCUCGGCUGGACUCCAGGCUGGUGUGGACCUGGUGAAGGACCCACACAGCAUCAUCUUCCUCUGUGACCUCCACAUCCACUUCCCAGACGGAGUCAUCGAUGCCAUCCGGAAGCACUGUGUGGAGGGCAAGAUGGCCUUCGCCCCCAUGGUGAUGAGGCUGCACUGCGGGGCCACCCCCCAGUGGCCAGAGGGCUACUGGGAGGUGAACGGGUUUGGGCUGCUCGGCAUCUACAAGUCAGACCUGGACAGGAUCGGGGGCAUGAACACCAAGGAGUUCCGAGACCGCUGGGGCGGAGAGGACUGGGAGCUGCUGGACAGAAUCCUCCAAGCAGGCCUGGAAGUGGAACGUCUCUCCCUCCGGAAUUUCUUCCAUCACUUCCAUUCCAAGCGAGGCAUGUGGAACCGCCGCCAGAUGAAGAUGCUGUGA